AUGUUCAGGGUUAGGGAGUUUCGUGACAAGCAUACAUGUCCGCUAAAAGAUAAGGUGUAUUCACAACGCCAUGCGACAAGUUGGCUUAUAGGUGGAAUUGUAAAACCAAAAGUAGCCAACUAUAAGAGGAAAUACACACCUAAUGAUAUAGCGGAGGAUGUAAGAAAUGAUCUUGGAAUGGAUGUGUCCUAUAUGGUCGCUUGGCGGGCUAAGGAAAAAUCAAUGAAGGAUUUAAUGGGUGAACCAUCGGAUUCUUACAAAAAAUUACCUGGGUACCUAUACAUCUUGGAUAAAACGUAUCCAGGUUCACAUAUAAGAAUGCGAAAAUUCGACGAAAAUGAGUUUCUGUAUCUGUUAAUAGCAUUGUAUGCAUUCAUCAAAGGGUUUGAUUGUUGUAGGCCAAUUGUUGUAGUUGACGGGAGCCACCUCAAAACAGCAUACAACGGAACGUUUGUUUCAGCAAGCACGUUAGACGGUGCAGGUAAUAUACUUCCUUUAGCAUAUGGUGUGAUAGAUUCAGAAAAUGACAGGUCUUGGACGUGGUUCUUUGAGCGAUUCAGGGAAGCGUAUGGUGUGAGAGAGAACAUGUGUAUUGUUUCUGAUAGGCAUGAAAGCAUAAACAAAGCUGUUUCUAAAAUCUAUCCGAAUGUGCCACAUUAUGCAUGCAUAUGGCAUCUUUGGGGUAACGUAUGUAAGAAGUAUAAGAAGAGCCAUGAUGUGUUGAGUCCCGUGUUUUAUGCAAUGGCAAAAGCGUACACGCAGGAAGAUUUUGAUGAGCUUAUGGGCAAAGUUGAGAAGGCAGAUUUUCGGGUGGCAGAGUAUUUGGAAUUGGCUGGAAGAGAGAAGUGGGCUAGAGUGUAUGCAACUGCUAACCGAGGGUGGACAAUGACUUCAAACAUAGCAGAGUGUAUUAAUCGUCACCUUGUAGCAGCAAGAGAGCUUCCUAUAUUUGAUUUUCUAGAAGAAGUGAAGAAGAUGUUUGGAAGAUGGAAUUAUAAUAACCGGAAAAAUGGUACAUACACGUUCACAACACUCGGUAAAAAGUUUCAGGAGAUGUUGUCAAUAAAUGAGUAUCUAUGUUUACGUAUGACGGCCGAACCAUCAACCGAAUACUUGUACACGGUAUAUGAUGCAGGAAGGCAUUUCAUCGUUAACUUGGACAACAAAACGUGUAGUUGUCGGAUGUUUCAAAUAGACGAAAUUCCAUGCCCACAUGCAUGGGCUGCCAUUAAGAAGAAAAAUCUAAUUGCUGAUGAUUACUGUUCCGGAUUGUUCAAACCGCACACCGUGGUGAAGACGUAUGAUGUCGCCGUGGAUCCUCUCCCUGACGAGCGGGAAUGGAAGAUUCCAACAUACAUAUCAGAGGAUGUUGUUUUGCCACCAAGAUACAAGAGACCUCCUGGUAGGCCGAAGAAAAAGCGUGAUAAGCCGUUAUUUGAAUUGCUUCUUGGAAAAAAGAGACAUGCUUGCAGUACUUGUGGACAAACUGGACACAAUAGACGAUCUUGUAGUAAUGCUCCUAGAAGGAAAUAA